AUGCGCCUCGUCGCCAUUCUGCUACUUUAUCCAUGUCUUGCAGAGCUCCAGUGCGUGUCCACAGAUGACCUGAGCUGUGACCGCGAGGGCUCCGAUGAGCUGUCUUUGUCGCAGUGGGGCCCGGGCUUCCUGCAGGAGACCUACCAGGUCCGAGAGAGAGAAGAAAGGCAGCUUUCCGUCAGCGUCGUCACCGCAACAAAGGCUUCGGCAGAGAAGCCUCUUUCAUCAGCUUCUUGGGAGCUCAUCGACCGCGCCCUCUUCGGCACGCGCAUCGUGCACUUCCCGUGGUGGGUCUAUGCAGGAGUCUUUGGAUUCUUCGUCAUCGUCUUUUUUCACGAAGUGCACGUCUCCCGAGGCGGUGUUCCGAUCUGCCAGCCGAAAAGACUGGAAAAGUCCAUCGGAUGUCAGCUGAUGGGCUUGUGGACAAAUGCUUCUCCCUUUGUAGCCAUGUCCAUGCAGGUGCCCAUCUCCUUGGACUUCGCCCUCUCCCUUCGCCAAGGAGCCACAUCCUCGGGCUUCUUUCUCAGCUGUGGGGUGAUCACCGGAUUGUGCGCGAUGGCAGCUGGAAAAAGACUCGUGGAUGAAGAGAACUGGAAUCAGUUUUAUGUGCGGCGUUUGCUGAUCGUUAUUCCUCUCAUUGCGAUGGGUCUUAGCUUUGCGUCCGCCAUCUUCAUUAACGAGACAUCAGGCAGCGAGCAGGUGUAUCUGAUCUGGUGGGUGAUGAUUGGCUUCACAGUCGCAGGAUCUUUCAUUGGCCCCCUGUCCGUGAUCCCGGGCAUCAUCUUCUGGACGAAGAUUACAAAGUCCAAAAAUCGAACCUUCUGGAUGAUUCUGACGCAGUGCGCUCGAAACCUUGGCCUGGUAGUUGGGCCCGGUCUCUUUGCAAUCCUGCGGACAGCUGUCACUGGUGGAGGUGACAGAGUCUGUCCACGCAGCAUGAUGGGAUGGGUGAACCUGACUCUACUGGUCUUCUCCCUGAUCUCCGCCUCCUUCGGUGCCUUCGUCAUGCCAGCAAGGAUGCCUGACUAUCCUUUGAACUUGGAGGAGGACGACGAGGACGAUCCGGACGAGCUGGUCAUGGUCUCUGAUGCUCACCUCGAGGCCAUGCCUGAGCCUGAGCGAGAACGGGUGGUAUGGAAUAUGAUUUGGUACGCCUUCGAGCGGCCUUUCACGUUGGCAGCCGUCGAGGUGUCGACGCUCAUGAUGUUGGAGGUCUACUACGGCUGGGAUCCGUACAUGACCGGCAUCUGUUUCACUGCGGUCUGUUCCCUGGGCAUCAUCAUGUCCAUCGGCACCACUGUUGCCUUGGUCAAAGGCUGGUUGGUUGAGUCCCAUGUCUUCAUAGUCUCUGCGGCCUCGUCCAUCCUUGGCUGUCUGUUCCUCGUGGAGAUAGUUCCCACUCCGGGAUGGACACUGCUCAUCGCUGACUGCAUCAUCUACACGGGUGCUACGGUUGCCAACGGCUUCGCCGAAGGCUGGGCCAGCCGUGCAGCGAAAGAGGGCACCAGCUUCAGCAAUGCCGAGUAUCGGUUGCGGCAGCUGUCAGCAGUGACAGUCAGCCGAUUUAUGGGUCCCAUCGUCGGUCGCUUCCUGGUAGACUAUGGGGGCCGAAACGUCUACGCAGUAGCCCAGCUGGUUAUGUGCUUGAUGGGAACGAGGACGGUUUACAAGACGGUGGGUCUGAUCUGGCGCUGGAACCGCGCCAACCCCCAGGUGAGUGCCAAGGACACAGAGGUCCCGGCUGCAGAGAAGCUUCUCAAGGGCGAGGAGCAGUCCAAGAUCAAGAACGGAUCUCCGAUCGAAGCUGCUCCGGAAGACCAAUAG